AUGUCAUCUUCGCAAGGAUCCUCUAACAAGCUCGACGAUAAACGUUUGUAUAUUGGAAACUUGGAUAUAACCGUUGACGAGUACGCCGUAGUAAAGUUAUUUGAACCUUUCGGGAAAAUAACCCACCUCGAUUAUCUUUUUCAUAAAAGCGGACCGAAACGCGGACAACCGAGGGGCUACUGCUUUUUGGAGUAUAGCAAAAAAGAGGAGGCUCUGAAAGCCAUGACAGUGAUGCAUUCCAAAGUCAUCAAAAACCGGUCCAUGAUAGUGACAUUUGCCUAUGCUGCACCUGAUAAUUUCGAUAGUAAAAACUUGAAUAAUUCGAGGAAACGAUCAUUUUCGUCAAUGGCGACAAAUAGGCCAACCACCAUAUCCUUAUUGAAAGCUCACAAAAUGGUCAACGCUAGCACUGAUGCAAAAAUACAAGCAUUAGAGCGAAAACUAGCGCAAAUGAAACAAAGUUCAUCAUCACCUGAUUCUCGAUCUGUAAACUCUUCAUCUCUCCCACCACCUCCUCAUCAAACUUCACUCACACCGAAAAUAACGGAAAAAACGAAUUCGCCAUCUAAGAGUGCGGUCAAGCAUGAUAGACAGAGAUUUAAACCAUAUGAAACUUCUAGAAUCAGGAAAUGA